AGCAGCUCCGCCGGCAUCCUGCCUCACCACGACAUCAUCGGGCAGCUUCCCGGGCAGUUUCUGCCCACGUCGACCGGGGCGCGGUUGUUGCUGAGGAGACCUUCGCUGGACGAGUACGUGCUGCUGAUGCCGCGCGGGCCCACCAUCGCCUACCCCAAGGAUAUAAGUGCUAUUUUGAUGAUGAUGGAUAUCCACCCAGGAGACACUGUUUUGGAAAUUGGCAGUGGGUCUGGUGCCAUGAGCUUGUUUCUGUCAAGAGCAGUUGGGCCUAAAGGACGUGUUAUAAGUUAUGAAAUCAGAGAUGAUCAUCAUAAUUUAGCUAAGAAGAAUUACAGGCACUGGCGUGCUGCAUGGGAAAUAGGACAUAUGGAAGAGUGGCCAGAUAACGUGGAUUUCGUUCUUAAAGACAUUUCAACAGCUGCUGCGGAUAUGAAAUCUGUAACACUUGACGCAAUAGUUCUGGAUAUGCUUCACCCUCAGAUUGCUCUGCCUGUUGUACACCCAAGCCUGAAACAGGGCGGGGUGUGUGCUGUGUAUUUAGCAAAUAUCACACAGGUUAUUGGCCUUUUAGACAGAAUACAGACCUUCAAGCUCCCUUUUUUGUGUGAAAGGAUCAUUGAGGUAACUCAUAGAAAUUGGUUGGUAGUCCCUGCUAAAAUCAAGAAUUGCAAAUCGAGCCAAAUGGUGGAAACUCAAGAAAAUAUUGAAGAAGCUCCUCAAAAGGAAUAUGAAGAAAUCCACAUUCAGGAUCAAGUAGUUCUUAAAGAAGAUGAAUUCAAUGAAUCAUUUUCUGGUGAUGGUGAAACAUUUUCCUCGGUGCCUUACGUUGCUAGACCGUCUUGUUGGCAGGAAGCUCAUUCAGCAUUCCUUACCAAGCUGAGAAAGUUUCGACCACUUCAUUCUUGA